AUGGCGUACAGCCUCAUCAGUGGAUUCUAUGACUGGUGGACCCACCGAGAGCCCGUGCGCCUGCUCCUCAUCGGCAUCGAUGACGCGGGCAAGACCAGCGUGCUGGAGGCCCUGAAGGCGGCAUGCGACCCCAGCGCUGGGUCAGUGGCGCCUGCAGCCAUUCAGCCCACUGUGGGCCUCAACAUCGGGAGCCUGGACCUGGCGGGGUCCCCGGUUACAGUGUGGGAUCUGGGAGGCGCACCGGGGCUGCGCAGGAUCUGGACCGAGUACUACGGGGAGGCACAUGCCGUAGUCAUGGUCGUGGAUGCCAGCACCCCAUCGCGAUUCCAGGAGUCCAAGCACGCGCUCGACAGCGCACUCGGCACCCAAGAACUCUUCGAUGCCCCCCUCCUACUGCUUGUGCACAAGCAGGAUGCCAAUGGGGCUUGCAGCCCCGAGGAGGUGGCUGCAGCCCUGGGAGUGCAUGCUGGUGGGGAGGGGCGCCUUUGCCAUGUGGCAGGGACUGCCACGAAUGACCCCAUGGGCGUGAAGAACGCCUUCUCCUGGGCUGUGAAGGUGUCGCUGACAGGGCCCAGGGCCACACUGCUUGCCAGCAGGGGCUGA